UUUGCUUUAAUUUUUAAACAACUUCAUUACCUUCGUAAUACAUUCUAUAUAUUGUUGACUUAGUAUAUUGUAAGCGUUAUUUGAUGAAGUGCGAGAGUUUGAAUGUGGUCCCAAGAUACCUUACUUAAAGAAUUUUAUAGUUCACACAUAUUACUGGAAGGGCGUUACUAAAAAGCACCUGAUAUCAAAAAGAAACUUAUUAUUAAUUAUAAAAAUGAGUUCAAAAAAUACCAAAAAGAAAAGGAACCUAGAAGAAGAACUUUUAACUUAUAAAGGAGCUUUACCCUUAGAGUGCAUAACGUUAAACUCUUUUAGAGCAUUUAAUAAUUGUAAAGUAAAGUACUCACAUGAACAACAAAAGUUCUAUGAAACACAGCCGUUUACUUUAAAAAGGAAAAAUUUGCUGCGUGCUGCUGAUAGAGAACCUAUUCAAGCUGUUGAGAAAACUAAAAAAAAAUUAAAAAGUAACUCCGAAACUCUUUUAAGUAGUAGCGAUUCUGAAAGCGAUGAAAGCGUUUUUGAAGAGCUGUAUAAGUUUAAUAAGGAAAUUUUGAAUUCCUUUGUAACUUAUAAAAGUAAAGGCCGUGCAGCUAAAUUUCGACCAAGCUGCAAAGCUACCCGACCUGGAGCGGUGUCAUACGGUACACUAACUUCCGCGGACCCUGAACUUCUUGAAUUGAAUUCUGACACUGAUAAUGCUUCAGAUGCAAACAACGAGGAUUUAGAGAGAAAAAAAAUUCUUGAUAAGCAUAGCCGACAACUAAGGGAAUUAACUUCUGAAAGCAAUGUUCAUAUUCAACCUUCAAGACAAUAUUCGUCUACAUAUCGACGUAAAGCGCCUUUACUGUCUUUUGAACAGCAUAUUAACGAUGCUGAAGGAGACGAAGAGCCUGAAGCUUUGGAAUGUUCAAUUUUUUAUGCUGGAGAUACCUUCAGCUGUAGCCUAUCAGCCUUUGAUGCCUUUGCCAAAAUAUAUGAUAAUCUGAGCAAAUUUCCGGCCCUGCAACACAAACAAUUCGUUUUAAAAAAUAAAUAUGGGGCUCGAAUUGAUCGUUGGAUGACGCCGUUCUCUUUAAAGCUGAGAAAUUGCGGCAAUGUUCCCUUGAAACUUGAACUUGAGAUAGCUACUUUAGAUACUUCCAGCUCCGACAUACCUUUAGCACUUUCAAAAGAAUGUGAAAUUGGCGAUGUUGUGAAACUAAUUUUUCGAACUGCUGAAGAAAAAUAUAAAGUCAAACAGGAAAAGAAACAAAGCUUUGAGAAGUGCUAUCGGUACUUUAGCGGGCUUCUGAAUGGAAAGUUAAUUAUUAUUCUGUACCCUCCAGUGGGUGUGGGACGGUUGAGUUUUUACUUUGACGGAGCGCUUCUUCCUGCUCAGUCCACACCGCUAGAAGCCCAAUUGGAAGACGACGACUUGAUAGAUAUUAUAAUGCAGUGAAAAAAUAUACAUACGACGUUGCUACUUUUUAAUAUUAUGAUUGCGUAGAAACUGUAUUUAAACCCAGAAAAAACUUUUGUUGUAAAAGG